AUGGCCACGAACGGUGCACCCGCCACAGAGCACUAUGGGCUCGGCUCCCCAUUAAUGCUCGAGAAGAUCGACAAACUGUUCGCAUGCGGUGUCGGCGAGCUCGUUGACCUUCCGCAGAUUGUGGUUGUUGGCGACCAAUCUUGUGGCAAGAGCAGUGUCCUCGAAGGUCUAAUCAAGAAGCCUUUGCCCCGCGACAGUGGUCUUUGCACCCGCUUCGCCACCCAGAUCGUCUUUCGUCGCUCAGUGCGUGAAGACAUUUGCAUAUCCAUCAUCCCCGAUCGAGCCGCGUCUAUCGAGCACAGCACCCGCUUGAAGGCAUGGCGCAAAUCGGUCACUUCACUUGACUCGAAAGCCUUCAGCGACAUCAUGCAAGAGGUCCACGAGGUGAUGGGACUCUCGAAAGGAAGCAGCGACGCAGGACUGCGAAAGCCUACCUUCUCCAACGACGUUCUGCGACUAGAGCUCUCUGGCCCGGAUCAAGAGCAUCUCAGCGUCAUCGACGUACCGGGUAUCUUCAAGAGCACGACCGAGGGCCUCACCACAAAGGCGGACAUCUCACUGGUGAGGAGCAUGGUGAAGAGCUACAUGGACAACCCGCGCUCCGUCAUGCUUGCUGUCAUUCCUGCAAACGUCGACGUCGCGACCCAGGAGAUUCUUGAACUGGCCGCCGAAGCCGACCCUCAUCAAGACCGUACCCUCGGAGUCCUCACCAAGCCUGACCUUGUCGACAGAGGUGCCGAGCUACGUGUGAUCGAGCUUCUUGACGGUCGUGCCCGUCCAAUGAAACUCGGCUGGCACAUGAUCCGCAACCCUGGUCAACUUGAGCUGUCUGACAAGAGCCUGGAUCGUGAUACCCUCGAAGCCGACUUCUUUCGCACUCUUGUGCCGUGGAAGGACAUCGACAAGGAGAAAGUCGGCAUCAGCUCCCUUCGCGAGCGUCUCAAGGAAGUUCUCUCCCAGCUUGUGAAGCGAGAGUUCCCGAAGGUCAAAGUGGAGAUCAGAAGCAAACUGGAUGAUCGCCAUAGGAGACUCAACGACCUGGGCCCUGAGCGUGGUGGCUUUGGAGAGCAGAUGGCGUACCUCACGAACAUGGCUGUUCGGUUUCAACGUCUUGCAGCCGCCGCAUUGAGUGCCAAUCACGGAGCCGACAGCAUGUUCGAUACCCAGGAAGCUCUCCGACUUACUCCUGCCGUCAUGUUGCGCAUGAAGACGUUCUCUGACGAGAUGGGCCGCCUUGGCGAGACGUACUCGUUCUUGCCAGCAGACGAUGGCGGCAUCCCGAUUCCCGAAGGUCCAGCUGAUGUCACGGUGGUCUUGGACAAGGAGCCAGAGCCCCAGCCAAAGAAAGUCAAGACAUCCCAGCCUAAGCACCCGUUCGAGACCCGCAGGCAGAUUGACAUCGAAGAGCUUCAAGAUGUCUUGCAUCCGCAAGUCUCUUGCGAGCCCCCAAUCCGAGGUGAGAUCAAGGAUUGGCUCUUCCAGGUGUUCCAGGGCAACCGUGGCUUCGAGCUGGGCACAUUCAACGCUUCCAUUCUGGCGACUGUCAUGAAGAAGCAGUCGUCCAAGUGGAUGGAUAUCAGCUUGGGUUUCGUCAGCGAUGUCGUUGUCAUGGUCCACCACUUCAUCAUCACGGCUCUAGGAUCCAUCUGCAAAGACGACGACUCCCGUCGCUCGCUCGUCAACGCACUUUUUGACGAUCUUAUCGCCCGGUACCAGACGGCUCUCGCGAAUACCAAGUUUCUGCUUGAGGUGGAGAAUGGCGACACGCGCAUGACCCUCAACCACUACUUCAAUGACAAUCUGCAGAAGAGCCGUCAAGAGAAGGUGGUCGCUGGCCUUAAGAAGGGCGCCUUCCACACGAUGCAGGGUACGGUCGUCAAGCUCGAGCAAGCGAUUCAAACGAAUAACAUGAGCAAUGAUGACCACACCAUCAUUGAGAUUCACGACAUCUUGAAGGCGUACUAUAAGGUCUCGCGCAAGACCUUCGUCGACAAUGUGUGCAAGCAGGCUACACUGUACUACCUGCUCCAUCCAGACAAGGGCCCUCUGGCACUUUUCUCUCCUCUCUUCGUCAGCCAGCUGUCCCCGACCCAGCUCGCGGAGAUUGCGGGCGAGGCACCGGCUCUGAGGCGCCAACGUACGCAACUGACCAAGGAGAUUACGAGUCUGACGGAGGCAAUGAAGAUUCUGGCCCGGGCUUGA